UAAUGGACAAUCAGAACGUAAAAACUUUUUGGACAUCACAACGGCAUGUGCACCAGAUGGUUGGCCCUUAAGUAUUGGUCCCGUUGGUAUUAGUUUACAUUUAAGUCCAUUAGACGCCACUUUAUUACGUCACGGUGAUUGCUAUUUAUGCGUUCGGACACGCAGUGCACCCGGUUUAGAGGUAGCAUUAGUUUGGCGUGAUCAUAUGACAAUUGGUAGUCAUUCCAUAGCCGUAUAUGAAUACCCAAUAAAAGACGAAUCAACAAUCGAAUGUUCUGAUUUUCAAUCGAUCACGAAUAUUGAAAUGGAGAUCACAAAUAAAGGUGAUAAUGAACUAACAGAACUGUUACAAAGUUUACUUGUAUCAGUUGAACAUGCUAUAGAACGGAUCCCAUUGGAUGAUCUGGUCUUUCCAUGUCCGCAAUGUCAUCAAUAUAUUCCAUUAUUGGAACAACGUAGUAGUACGUUAAAUGGAGAUGAUGUUGCAACGUCACAAUUAACUGCUACAAAUGGUAGUAACAGUAGUACGGGCAAUAACAGUUGUAUAUGUCAAUGUACAUGUCAAAAUGAUUGCCAUAAUAAUACAUUUAAGGGAUCAAUACAUAAAAAAGAUACAUCUAUUCAAACGAGUCCAAUGUUUGAAUUAGCUAAUACCAUACCGCAUAUUGACUCGGAUGAGGAUCCUGAAGAAGCUAUCAAACAUUAUAAGGAACAAAUUAGUCAAGUCACUGAUUGUACUGGUGGAAAAGAAAAUAAAACCAUCGAAUUUAGUGUACCUAAAUUUAUAACAGACCUUCCUGAAAAGUUGUUCAUGUCUGGAAUUUAUUUACCAGGAACAAGUGAUAAAGAUGGAAAAUCGUUAAUAGUAUGUGACGCUGCGUGUAUUGCUCGCUCCGGUAUAACUCGCUACGAUGUAGUCAAAUUAUUAUUGUAUUAUGCUUCAAUUGCUGGAAAAGUGAAGCAAGAAAAUGGUUUUACAAUAUUAGUAUUAUCUGAAUCUUCGGAAGAAGCAGCUUUGGAUGUUUUAGAUAAAACAAUGGCAACAUUAUCAACAAAAUUAAAAGUUGAACAAUUUAUAAUAUGGCGUUCAAAUACAACAGAACCUAAGAAAACCGUACAGAAAACAUUAAAAAGUAGUAAAUUAAAGUGUUGCAUUGUAACGGAUUCAACAGUAUUAGAAGAAUAUAUAACAAAAGAGAAUCUACCAAUUAACGAGGAAGGUAUUCAAACGCACGAUCAAUUAGAAUGGUUUGAAUUUUUUAAAGAAUUUGAAACAUUUUUACAACAAUGUCAUUUUAAUGGACGUGCUUUGGCUACAGCUAUGACACAAAUACGUAGUGAGGAUGCUAUACCACAAAUUGCUCGACGCCAUUUAAGUCAUCAACAUCGGCAAUUAACAAGAGUUAUAUCAAAUCCAGAAUUAACAGUAUUAAAACGUGAAGGACCAAUGAUUUUGGAACGUUUAGAAGAACGUGCUCAAUGGCUAACUGCUAGUGAAGAUGUACAAAUUGCAAAAGUUCGUGCACGUCGAUGUUUUGAAGAAGUCGCUAGAGUUAUUUUGCGUUUAGAACAAUUAGCUGACCAACGUAAAGAACGAAUUAAAGAAUUAGCGAGACUUCGAGCUUUAGAAGAGGAAACAACACAGGUAUUAAAAUGGUUCAAAGAUACUGGAAACUAUAAAUUAAAAGAAUUAAGUGAAUUAAUUAAACAUCCAGAAAUUGAUAAGGAUAUCAUUAAAAAUCGUGAAAAACAAUUUGAAGAGUUCUAUUUUAUUGCUGUGAAAUACAUGGAUAAAGCCAGUGAUUUAUUCGAUGAAUCAGAUAAAUGUAUUGAACCACGAUUGGCGAAUAUACGUGACCUAGCACAAAUGCUAAAGUUACAAGUGCGUACAUUUGGUGAAGCGUUAGAAGAAUCACGCGAGUAUUUAGAAGAAUUAUUGAAGUAUUUUCAAUUAUUGGAACAUUAUGAAACAGCCGAACAAUUAUCGAUUAAAGAAGAAUGUAGUAUGGAAAUGUUUAAAAUUGCCAAUAAAUUAAAAAAUGAAUCGUUAGUUGAAAAAAGCACGACAUUAAACAACAAUUUAAUGGAUACUAUUGGCAACAAUGAUUCCAUAUCAAAUUGUGAAUACACACCAGAAAAUGUGGGUAACGGUGUAAUUGCAACAAGUACACCAAAAUCAACUUCAACAGCAUCACCAGAUGAAAAGACCAACGCCUUAAGUCCACCACGUCGACGAUCAAUCAGCUCAUUUGCUUAUAUAUACAGAUGUAACCAUCAUGCAGCUGGUUUUUCAUGUAAUUGUCAAUGGGAUUACGAAGAAACAAAUGGCAACAAUACAAAUAUAACAACAAGUGUAGCCCAAAAAUUAAAAAAUACCUUCUUAAAAAGUUUACAAGACCAACAACAACAAUCGAACAAUAACAAUUGUUUAUGUAAAGAGCCAGUUAUUCGAUCGAAUAGUUUAGGUUUAUGUAAUAUUAAAGAAGUACGAGAGAGUACGGAAAAUUUAUUAAAUACUAGUAGCAGUAAUAGUAACAUUAGUGGGGGUACUACGCUCAAAAGUGGAUCGUUAACACGGGUCGAUGAUAAGAAUACGGAUUCUGGAUUAAGUGGGUGUGGAAAAUGUGAUAGUAGUAGUGUUUCAACGAAUACAACCAAGAAGACAAGAACUUUUAUACGGAAACAGCGUGUUCAUCGUACAUGUUCAUGUCAAUUUUUAAAUAUAAAUGAUUCGUGUGGUAUAUGUAAUGUAACUGGUGGAAGUAGUACUUCGACUAGUGGGAGUGCAGCAUCAAAUGGUGAUCAUAAUGAUAAUCAAAAUGAUAAUAUGACUGAAGGCGGAAGUGAAGGUUUUGCCAAAAGUAACACGAGUGAAGAUUUCGAAGAUAAUGAAGAACAGUAUCGUGGAAAAACCAUACCACCAGUUUCAGUAAAUAGUCAUUUAUAUUGUCAUUCGUCAAAUGUACAUUUACCUUCACCUAUUUCCAAUUUAGAUUCUAAAACUCAAAAAACAUUAUUAUUAAUUAUGGGUGAAAUGAUUCAAACUGAACGCGAUUAUGUAAAAUCAUUAGAUUACAUAAUUGAAAAUUAUAUACCAGAAUUAACACGUGAAGAUAUACCACAAGCAUUACGAGGACAACGCAAUGUUGUAUUUGGUAAUGUAGAAAAAAUUUACGAAUUUCAUAGUCAACAUUUUCUACGAGAAUUAGAAGAGCGUGCUGAAAAUCCCUUACAAGUGGGACAAUGUUUUCUACGGCAUGAGAAGAAAUUUUACUUAUAUGCAUUAUAUAAUAAAAAUAAACCAAAGUCUGAUUCAUUAAUGUCUGAAUAUGGUACUGCAUUCUUUAAGAGCAAGCAAUUAGAAUUAAAAGAUAAGAUGGAUUUAGCUAGUUAUUUAUUAAAACCAGUUCAACGUAUGGGAAAAUAUGCUUUAUUAUUGCAACAAUUAAUGAAAGCAUGCCAAUCAACGGCAAAUGCUAGUCAAGAACGUGAAAACGCUGAUUUGGAAGAUUUACGAUCUGCUGAACAGAUGGUACGAUUUCAAUUACGUCAUGGUAAUGAUUUACUAGCCAUGGAUUCCUUACGAGAUUGUGAUGUAAAUUUAAAAGAACAAGGUCGGCUUUUACGCCAAAAUGAAUUCUUAGUUGGAGAAGGACGCGGUGGUCGUAAACAUAUUAGACAAGUAUUCCUAUUUGAAGAAUUAAUUUUAUUCAGUAAAGCAAAUCGAUUUCCUGAUAGAAAAAAUCUGGAUUUAUAUAUUUAUAAAAAUAGUAUUAAAAUGAGUGAUAUUGGUAUGACGGAGAAAAUCGGCGAUAGUACAACUAAAUUUGAAAUAUGGUAUCGUAAAAGAAAACGCAACGAUACAUUUGUAUUACAAGCUAUGUCAGAGGAAAUAAAGAAAGCAUGGACUGAGGAAAUAUCACAAUUAUUGUGGAAACAAGCGAUGCGAAAUAGAGAAGUGAGACUACAAGAAAUGUCCUCAAUGGGUAUUGGUAAUAAACCAUGUUUGGAUAUUCGGCCUAGCGAGGAUCAAAUUAGUGAUAGAUCCAUCAGUAUUGCACAAUUAAGUAAAACUCCUAAAUUUCGUAAUUCAAUUGCUGGACCAAUAAUUGAAACAUGUCGUAGCAAUAAACGGCCACAUUCAAUUAUAUCAGUAUCUAGUUUAUCCUCAGGAAGUACAAGUUCAGGAUCGGGUGGUACCUUAGGAAGACAUCAAGCCCUUCCAAAUAUGCAUUUUGAUUCUGCUUCCUGUGUUAGUCCCAAACCUCACCAUAGAUCAACAUUAAAUAGUCAAUGUUCUACAGAAAGUGGAAUUCUAAUUGAUUAUUCAGUGACAUCUGAUGAUUAUACGGAAUCCACACCAAACAACAAUUCAUCAUCAACACAUCAUCAUUGGCCAUUACAAAAAUCAAAUUCCGAUUUUUCCAGUUUAUCUUCUUCAAAGUCAAAUAACACAACUGCUUCCAUAUCUAAAACAGAUGAGCCUCAAGUAACGCUUUACCAUGUGCCAGACGAUCUAUCUAUAAAUUUAUAAUCAUUUUUCUUACUGUAUUUUUUCUUGUUUUUUUUUUUUUUUUGGAAUUAGUCAAGCCAAUAAAUCGGGUUUAUUAUCUUCUCAAAAAUUGUUCAAAAUGAUAUUUUUUUACAUGUUCUUUAAAAUAAAAUAGUCAUAAAUAAACACUUCUUCUAGUGGCUCACAAAUUAUAAACCGGUACUUAGCCCGAAAGAUGGGUCUGGGUCCUGAUCUCUGAUCCUGGUACAAUUCACUUUUAUUGUGAAGAUUCUUUUAAAAUACAUUUCUAGCCUACUCCAAAGUUCCAAAAUUUGGUCUACAGAAUUGUGUCCUUAUCUGUCUGUUUCCAGAUUCCUUAACUCACACAUUAUUGUUUACAUUUAUAUUGUAAUGUAUGAGGAAUCUGGCAACAGAGAAAAACAAACAGACAUGAUGACGUAGUAACUAAUUUGGUUUAUAAUGACUUAUUUUAUGUGCAACCAAUGAACAAUUUUUUAUGACCUCAUGUGCUAGUUUACAAGUGUUCAUUUUUGUCUCAAAAUAUAAAAUAAUGGCUUCCAAAUAUUUUUUUUUUGCCAUUAGUAAGGAAUAAUAUAUUUUGUAAAGAACAUUUUAUGUAAAGAAAUUUCAUGAAAACAUGGGUUCUGUUCUUCAGAAAUAAAAAAUUUUGAGAAUAUCUAAGCUUUGUA